UGCCCUGUUCUGGUGCCGUAUACCGAUCUCCCCAGUCCCCACCGUUUCAGAGUGCACCGCCAACUUUAUUUGUCGUCAUUUAUAGUCUUAAAAGUCACCAUAACGUGACAUUAUUAAACUUUAUUAUAAUAUUUUUGUCUUCUAAGUUUUUCUUUGAUUUAAAAAUUUGUUUUUGGUAAUCAAACAACGUGUACCAUGGCGUCCAGACGAAUCGAUCCGAAAAGCAGAGAAUCAUAUUCAGCCGUAAAAUACGUACAAGUUGAAGGAUUGGCAUUGAUGAAAAUUGCAAAACACUGCCAUGAAGAGUGUGCCAGUGACGUGAUCAUCGCACAAGGAGCGCUUUUGGGCCUGGUUGUUGAAGAUCGUCUCGAGAUCACAAAUUGUUUUGCUUUUCCGAAGAGUGUAGACGAAUCCAUCAACGAUGAAAAAUAUCAAUUGGAUAUGAUGAAAAGUCUUCGUCAAGUUAAUGUUGAUCAUUAUCACGUUGGAUGGUAUCAAAGUUCUGAUGUUGGUAAUUUUUUGAGUUUACCAUUGUUGGAAUCACAAUUUCAUUACCAAACUAGCAUAGAAGAAUCUGUUGUUUUAAUUUUCGAUGCUCCCAAAACCAAUCGUGGAUUUUUGUCCUUAAGCGCUUACCGUCUUACACCUCAGGCUUUAACUAUGUUUAAAGAAAAUGAUUUUCUACCAGAUACAUUGAAAUCAUUGAAAGUUGGUUAUGAUCAUUUAUUAGUGAAAGUUCCAGUUGUUAUUAAAAAUUCCACAUUGACUAACAUACUUCUCUCAGAAUUAAGUUUUAAAAUUAAGGUUGAAGAAGGCUCAGAACAUUUGGAUAUUGGCACUGCUACUGUAUUAGAAGGGCAAUUACGUCAUUUAAUGGACCGAGUAGAUGAUCUAAAUCAAGAAGCUAUCAAAUUCAAUCGCUAUCAACAAGCAGUUGUGCGCCAAUCUACAGAAAAACACCGUUACUUACAGAAACGAGCUUUAGAAAAUCAAGCACGAGCUGCGAAAGAUGAGCCACCAUUACCUGAAGAAGACAUUACUAAGAUAUUUAGAGCAUUACCAGUACCACCUAGGUUACCACCAAUGUUAAUGGCUACUCAAGUUGAUGCAUAUGCUGAAGAAAUAGCUAAAUUUUCUACUCAGUCUUUGGCUAAAUUGUAUAUGACCAAAGCUAUGAACACAAACAACUGAUUGAAAAUUAAAACUUAUGUAUAAUAUUCUGAAAUAGAGUAAAUACGUUAUUUUAUAUUUAUACAAAUAAUAAAAAGAAAUCAUACUCUCAAUUAUGAGAGUAAAUGAAAUGUAUAAGUAUACAAUUGAGUAUAUUUAUUACAUUUUUAAUAUUUUCCUUUGUCAUUAUUUUUGUGCCUUUGAAAAUGUAAUAUCUAAAUGCUGAAAAUGAUUGUUUUGGUUAAUUUUAUAUUAUCAUUAUUUCUUAUUAAACAUAGAUACUGAAUUAUUUAUUUUGGGUUCAGCUUCGAAUUGUUGACAUAGAUAUUUCUAAUGACUUCCAGAUUUUUUUCAUUAUAUAGCGUUUCAAGUAAAAAAUUAAAUUAUUAAAUUAAACAUUUUGUAAAACUUAUGUGUAUUUUUCUACUAGAAUUUUAGUGUUUAAAUAAUGUUUAGAUUGUAGUGUUCUGCAUAAUAGGUAUCCAGACAAAUAUUUAUCCAGAAAAACUAGUCUGUAUAAGCCUAUCAUUUGUAUUAGAAAUUAGGUAUCAUGUCGAUGAUGAAAUGAAAUCAAAAAUUAUAUACAUAAUACACAAUCA